AUGACUACUUGUUAUAGCCGCAAUUUUACAGCAAUUACUUGUGAUUCGUGUAAAUCAUUCUUCAGGAGAACUGCACUUAAAAAUAAGUUUAAAUGCCGUUUUGAGGGCACAUGUAAUAUAACUCUCGGCUCAAGAAAAUCGUGCAAAAAGUGUAGAUUUGAUAAAUGCAUUGCCGUUGGGAUGAAAAAAGAAUGUUUGAGAGAUGAGGAGGAAAAUCAAUGGCGACGACAAUCGGCUAAUGAAAGGAAACUAAGACAACAAAAACAGGAAGAGAUGAUUGUCUCAACAACUAAUGAUAAUUCAAUGUUAUAUCCUAUGAUAUCCAUACUUAAUGAGCAUUUCAAUGAACCCGAUGUUAUAGACAAUCCAUUUACUGCUAAUACGGUUGCCAUCAAUAGUGUACCAGUAAUACCAACUUCGUUACCAUUGGUUCCCAUAUUUAAAUCGCUGACAGAUUAUCACGGAUUAAAUCAAUUGGAGUCAAACCGUAUGUCAGAGCUGUUCAACGCGUCCCGUGUUAUAGACGGAAGUUAUCCGACGCCUAAAAAUGUGGUCAAUAUAAACGAUAGUAAAGUUUUGCUCCGUUUUUCCGGAUUCAUAGCUGAAGAUCACAUCAAAAAUAUUGUCACUUUUCUUAAAGGCAUAAAUGGUUUAAAAGAAAUGUGCGAACAUGAUCAAUUUGCCAUUACCAAGUCCGUUAGUUUUAAUUUGAUGUUGGUCAGAUUCUGGUCC